GUUUUUUUCUUGUCGAAAUUGUUCCUUUAUGUUGUCUUGUCUAAAAUGCUAAUAUGAUUUUUGUAAUGUUUGAUGACAUGGCAAAGGCUUCUGCUGGUGUUCUUUAUAGAUAUAGCUUUUCGGAACAUGCUUUACGUGUCACCGAUGUUGUUACGGGACAUGGGUUAUGCAACUCCAUUAUCAUCUCAACCUCAGAGGAUCGAACAUGUAAGAUAUGGAGCCUAUAUGAGGGUUUGUUAUUGAGGAGCAUUACGUUUCCUUCCAUAAUUGAUGCUAUUGUAAUGGAUCUUGGGGAGCAUGUGUUCUAUGCUGGUGGCCGAGAUGGCAAAAUAUAUAUUGCAGCGCUAAAUGCUGAAUGCAACCGCAACAGCAUACACGGGAUGUUCAUCAUUGGUGCCUUGUAUGAUCACAGGUCUCAAUAUGCUGUUAGUCAGUUUUGAUAAUCACUUAUAUACAUGUAUAUAUUUACCAACAAUUGUGUUUUGUGUGUUCUGGCAAAUUUCUAUGAAGAGACUAUACUGUAUAUAUCUAAUUUGUGUUCUUAGAUAUAUAAGAGGUUUGUUGUAUUUGAUGCUUUCUAUUUCCAAAUUGCCUUUAUCUUGAUGUUUUAGUUUUGAAUUUUUCAUGUAAGCUUGUCAUUCUGCAUUUCCUCAAAAGUCAAUUUAACUUUACCUUUGGGUCUUGGAAUUUUACAUCUCACCAUCUUUUCCUGCCCUUAUUGUUUGUUCGGCUGCAUCAAGUAUAACAGUAGUAGAAGACCUGGGGUUCCAAGAGUCUGUUUACCAAAGGUUUUGCUUAUUUUUGAUUUUUUUUUUCCAAAAGACUUUAAUCACUUUCUUUUAUAAGAAAUAUUUAGCUGAAAUAUUUUUUUGACUUUAACAUUUUACAUUAGAGAGAUACAUAACUAAAGUAAUUUAGCUUACAGUUUGACUUGCAUGCAUGCUUAUAUGCACUAAUAUAUAGGUGUAACUUCAAUGCUUAGUCUAAGCUCUGUGGGUAAUCAUAAUUGUUUCAUGUUUUGUUGACCCUUGUUAAGUUUCAAUUGGGAAAUCGUCAUUGUCUUGUUACUGCAAGAUGUGUUAGACAUAUUUGUACUUCUAGUGCACUUUCUGUAUCUUGUAUAUUGAUUCAAUCACAAUUUUGCUUUCUUCUUCAACAUUUUCCUUUUCGUGAUUUACUUUAAGCUGUUUUUGUCAUCUAGUAAGGCAAUAACAUGCCUAGCAUUUAGCACGGAUGGAGUUACUCUAGUGUCUGGGACUGAAGAUGGUAUUGUCAGAGUUUGGGAUACGAAAACCAAGCAUGUUACUCGUGUUUUGAAACAUGUGAAAGGUACAUCGGUAACUAGGAUUCUAUUAUAAAAAAUGUUUAAAUUACUUCGGAUGUAUUAGCAAUUGUUGAAAUGGAGAAAUUAUUUUGUAUAUACAAUGAAAUUUGCUUAGAUCUUAUGAGUUGUGUGUAUGUGUGUGUGUUGUGUGUGUUAUGUUUAUGUCGUCUGUUUGUAUAUUACGAGUUGUGUGUAUUUGUGCGUGUUAUAAGUUGUGUGUGUAUGUGUGUUUGUGUUAUGAGUCAUGUGUAUAUGUGUAUGAGUUGUGUAUGUUAAGCGUGUGUGUGUGUUGUUAUGAAUUGUGUGUGUAUUGUGUAUGUUAUAUUUAUAUGUGUGUUGUGUGUGUUGUUAUGAUGCGUAUGUUGUGAUGAGUUGUGUGUAUAUGUGUGCGUUGUGUAUGCUAUUCGUGUGCGUUGUUAUGAGUUGUAUGUGUGUUGUGUGUGUGUGUGUUGUAUAUAGUGUGUUGUUAAGAUAUGUGCGUUGUGUGUAGUGUGUGUUGUUAUGAGUUAUUUGUAUAUGUGUGUAUUGUGUAUAUUAUGUGUGUGUUGUUACAAGUUUUGUGUGUAUGUGUGUGUGUUGUGUAUGUUAUGUGUUUAUGUAGUGUGUGUUAUGAGUUGCGUGUAUGUGUGUGUUGUUAAAAGAUGUGUGUUUAUGUGUUUGUGUUGUGUAUGUUAUGUGUAUAUGUAGUGUGUGUUGUGUAUGUUAUGUGUAUAUGUAGUAUGUGUUGUGUGUUUGUAUAUUGUGUUUGUGUUGUUUAUUUUAUUGUAUUGUUUUAGUGUGAGUUGUGUGUGUAGUGUGUAGUGCGUGUAGUGUGUGUGUAUUGUGUAUGUGUAGUGUAUGUUAUGUGUUGUGUGUGUAUAUGUGUAUUGUGUGUGUUAUAUUUGUGUUAUUUUCGUGUGUAUUGUUUAUUGUGUGUGUGUGUGUUGUGUGUUUGUAUAUUGUGUAUUUGUAGUGUGUUUUAUUUGUUGUGUGUAUAGUAUUGUGUGUAUUAUUUAUGUUAUUUUCGUGUGUGUUGUUUAUUAUGUGUGUGUUAUGUGUGUUUGUUGUGUGUAUAUGUAUUGUGUGUAUGUUGUGUAUGUUAUGUGUGUGUGUUGUUACCAGUUGUAUGUGUAUGUGUUUGUGUUAUGUAUGUUAUGUAUGUAUGAAGUAUGUGCGUAGUAUAUGUUGUGUGUAUGUAUAUUGUGUGUGUGUUGUUUGUGUUGUUAUAUUAUUUUUGUGUGUAGUGUGUGUAGUGUGUAUAUGUAUUAUGUGUUAUACGUUGUGUAUAUAUAAUGUGUAUUGUGUGUGUUGUUUGUGUUAUUUUUAUGUGUGUUGUAUAUUGUGUGUGGUUGUUGUGUGUAUUGUGUGUGUAUUGUGUGUGUUGUGUUGUUUGUAUAUGUGUAUUGUUUGUAUUAUUUUCAUGUGUUGUUUAUUGUGUGUGUGUUAUGUGUCUGUGUUGUGUGUAUGUGUAUUGUGUUGUGUGUAGUGUUAUGUUGUAUGUGUAUGUGUAUUGUGUAUGUAUGUAGUGCGUGUAUAGUAUGUGUUGUGUGUAUGUGUAAUGUUGUGUGUAGUGUGUGUAUGUGUAGUGUGUGUUGUUUGUAUGUGUAUUGUGCAUAUGUGUAAUGUUGUGUGUAGUAUGUGUUGUGUAUGUUAUGUGUGUAUAGUAUGUGUUGUAGUGUGUUGUGUGUGUGUAGUAUGUGUUGUGUAUGUUAUCGUAUUGUUUUUAUGUGUUUUGUGUGUAGUGUGUAUGUGUAUUGUGUGUAUUUGUAUUAUUUUCAUGUGUUGUGUAUUAUGUAUGUGUAGUGUGUGUUAUAUGUUGUUUGUGUUAUUUUCAUGUGUUGUUUAUCGUGUGUGUGUAUGUGUAUUGUGUGUGUAUGUGUUUGUGUUAUGUAUAUUAUGUUUCUAUGUAGUGUGUGUAGUAUGUGUAGUGUGUGUUGUGUGUAUUGUUUAUGUUGUUAUAUUAUUUUUGUGUGUUGUGUGUAUGUGUAUUGUAUGUUAUGUGUUGUGUAUAUUUAUAUGUGUAUUGUGUGUGUUGUUUGUGUUAUUUUGGUGUGUGUUGUUUAUUGUGUGUGUGUGUGUGUUGUGUGAAUGUGUAUUGUGUAUGUGUAGUGUGUGUUAUGUGUUAUUUGUAUGUGUAUUGUGUGUAUUGUUUGUGUUAUUUUCAUAUGUGUUGUUUAUUGUGUGUGUGUUAUUUGUCUGUGUUGUGUGUAUGUGUAUUGUGUUGUAUGUGUGUAGUGUUAUAUUGUAUGUGUAUGUGUGUGUAUUGUGUAUGUAUAUAGUGCGUGUGUAGCAUGUGUUGUGUGUGUGUAGCGUGUAUGUAUAUUUGUAGUGUGUGUGUAGUGUGUGUUGUGUGUAUGUAUUGUGUGUUGUGUGUAUGUGUAUUAUGUUUGUGUUGUUUAUGUUAUUGUAUUGUUUUUGUCUAUAUUGUGUAUGUAGUGUGUUGUUUGUAUGUGUAUUGUGUUGUGUGUAUAUGUGUAUUGUGUGUUGUGUGUGUUAUUUUAAUGUGUGUUGUGUGUAUGUGUAUUGUGUAUGUAUAGCGUGUGUUAUGUGUUGUUUGUGUAUUGUUUGUGUUAUUUUCUUGUGUGUAUGUAUAUGUAUUGUGUGUGUGUUGUGUAUGUUAUGUGUGUUUUUGUUGUGUAUGUAUUGUGUGUUUUAUAGUGUGUGUUGUAUAUGUUGUAUUGUUUUUGUGUGUGUUGUGUGUAUGUGUGUAGUGUGUAGUGUGUUAUGUGUUGUGUGUAUAUGUGUAUUAUAUGGUUUAGGGUUUAGGGUUUAGGGUUUAGAGUUUAGGGUUUGUGUGUUCUGCUCAUAUUUUGCUUGAAGGUGACAGAGAUAGCAUAUACGCACCUUGGUAGCCCGCGAGCUCCGUUUAUACUCUCGUGAUCCGAAACGCCUACUCUAAAAUCCUCAAAAACCCCUUCUUUCUUUGGCGUCGCCUCUUCGCCACCGAUGGAAGUGGUGAUCGCCUCCUCCCCGGUGGACGUCGGCUUCGGUUGUUGGGACCUACGCUCGGGCUUCGAGCAGCUCCGGUACCGCUCAUGCUCCUCCGCUCCACAUGGCCUCCUCUCCAUAGCCGGCCGCUUUCUCGCUUCCUCGCAGCUCCGCGAUUCCCCUUCCUCCGCCUCUUGCCCCAUUUUCUUUUGGUCCUGGGAUAAGCCUCAGGUGGAAGUUAGGAGCUUCCCGGUUGAGUCGAUUGGACCGCUUGUUUCCAAUUCAGAAGGCACUUACGUCAUGGGAGGAGGACCAUCCGGCAUUAUCUACCAAUGGGAGGUUGCUAGUGGGAAAUUGCUCACAUGGUGGCAUGCACAUUAUCGGUCUGUCACCUGUCUCACUCUCUCCAAGGACGAGUCUUUGCUAAUAUCAGGGUCUGAGGAUGGCUCUGUCAGAGUUUGAUCCCUUAUGAUGUAUGUAAUUCUUACUUAGUUUUUUUCUUGUCGAAAUUGUUCCUUUAUGUUGUCUUGUCUAAAAUGCUAAUAUGAUUUUUGUAAUGUUUGAUGACAUGGCAAAGGCUUCUGCUGGUGUUCUUUAUAGAUAUAGCUUUUCGGAACAUGCUUUACGUGUCACCGAUGUUGUUACGGGACAUGGGUUAUGCAACUCCAUUAUCAUCUCAACCUCAGAGGAUCGAACAUGUAAGGUUCGUUAGUUGUUACACUUUGUACUUCUUUGAAAAGAGUAGUUGGUUAUAUUAGGAAAUUAGUUGUCAAUAGGAACACAACCAGAUGCCGAGGGACUUCACUGUUGUGUAACUUCAACUGAAAAAUUUUGAGGUACAUAAAUGAUGCAUCUGAAUUAAGAGGUUAAUUUCCCUGAAUUAGAUGAUGACUUAUAAUAUAUUACCUCGUAACUUACUCUUAGUUUUUGUUUCAAAACAAAGUCUAACUCUGCUCCUCAAGUGGAACAUGCUGAUGGUAAGAAUCUUUCUUUUCAAAAUUUUACUGUAGUGGCAGUAUCUUGGUAGCUUGAACAAAAGUUAUUUGCUUUAUUCUUUCUUUGUCCUAGCCCAAUUUAAACUUUGACCUGAUGAAUGUAAUGAUAAAGUAGAUUAUAGAUGCUUAUUAGGGUCAAGGUGCUCUCAAUGGUAUGACCACCUUUUUUGCAGAAUGUCAGUUCUAUUACUGCAAGCUUAACUUAAUUUACUUAUAUGUUGAACUGAAAAGAUAAUUUUAAUCUGUUGUUAGAAAAUUGAUCCCCCUUCCUCCCAGUGCUAAUUGUCUAUGUUUGUAUUUUAGAUUUUGAAGAUAACUUCUUUUGACUACUGCAUACGUUCCAGAUAUGGAGCCUAUAUGAGGGUUUGUUAUUGAGGAGCAUGACGUUUCCUUCCAUAAUUGAUGCUAUUGUAAUGGAUCUUGGGGAGCAUGUGUUCUAUGCUGGUGGCCGAGAUGGCAAAAUAUAUAUUGCAGCGCUAAAUGCUGAAUGCAACCGCAAUAGCAUACACGGGAUGUUCAUCAUUGGUGCCUUGUAUGAUCACAGUAAGGCAAUAACAUGCCUAGCAUUUAGCACGGAUGGAGUUACUCUAGUGUCUGGGACUGAAGAUGGUAUUGUCAGAGUUUGGGAUACGAAAACCAAGCAUGUUACUCGUCUUUUGAAACAUGUGAAAGGUACAUCAGUAACUAGGAUUCUAUUAUAAAAAAUGUUUAAAUUACUUCGGAUGUAUUAGCAAUUGUUGAAAUGGAGAAAUUAUUUUGUAUAUACAAUGAAAUUUGCUUAGAUCUUAUGAGUUGUGUGUAUGUGUGUGUGUUGUGUGUGUUAUGUUUAUGUCGUCUGUUUGUAUAUUACGAGUUGUGUGUAUUUGUGCGUGUUAUAAGUUGUGUGUGUAUGUGUGUUUGUGUUAUGAGUCAUGUGUAUAUGUGUAUGAGUUGUGUAUGUGAAGCGUGUGUGUGUGUUGUUAUGAAUUGUGUGUGUAUUGUGUAUGUUAUAUUUAUAUGUGUGUUGUGUGUGUUGUUAUGAUGCGUAUGUUGUGAUGAGUUGUGUGUAUAUGUGUGUGUUGUGUAUGCUAUGCGUGUGCGUUGUUAUGAGUUGUAUGUGUGUUGUGUGUGUGUGUGUUGUAUAUAGUGUGUUGUUAAGAUAUGUGCGUUGUGUGUAGUGUGUGUUGUUAUGAGUUAUUUGUAUAUGUGUGUAUUGUGUAUAUUAUGUGUGUGUUGUUACAAGUUUUGUGUGUAUGUGUGUGUGUUGUGUAUGUUAUGUGUUUAUGUAGUGUGUGUUAUGAGUUGCGUGUAUGUGUGUGUUGUUAAAAGAUGUGUGUUUAUGUGUUUGUGUUGUGUAUGUUAUGUGUAUAUGUAGUGUGUGUUGUGUAUGUUAUAUGUAUAUGUAGUAUGUGUUGUGUGUUUGUAUAUUGUGUUUGUGUUGUUUAUUUUCUUGUAUUGUUUUAGUGUGAGUUGUGUGUGUAGUGUGUAGUGCGUGUAGUGUGUUUGUAUUGUGUAUGUGUAGUGUAUGUUAUGUGUUGUGUGUGUAUAUGUGUAUUGUGUGUGUUAUAUUUGUGUUAUUUUCGUGUGUAUUGUUUAUUGUGUGUGUGUGUGUUGUGUGUUUGUAUAUUGUGUAUUUGUAGUGUGUUUUAUUUGUUGUGUGUAUAGUAUUGUGUGUAUUAUUUAUGUUAUUUUCGUGUGUGUUGUUUAUUAUGUGUGUGUUAUGUGUGUUUGUUGUGUGUAUUUUGUGUAUGUUAUGUGUGUGUGUUGUUACCAGUUGUAUGUGCAUGUGUUUGUGUUAUGUAUGUUAUGUAUGUAUGAAGUAUGUGCGUAGUAUAUGUUGUGUGUAUGUAUAUUGUGUGUGUGUUGUUUGUGUUGUUAUAUUAUUUUUGUGUGUAGUGUGUGUAGUGUGUAUAUGUAUUAUGUGUUAUACGUUGUGUAUAUAUAAUGUGUAUUGUGUGUGUUGUUUGUGUUAUUUUUGUGUGUGUUGUUUAUUGUGUGUGGUUGUUGUGUGUAUUGUGUGUGUAUUGUGUGUGUUGUGUUGUUUGUAUAUGUGUAUUGUUUGUAUUAUUUUCAUGUGUUGUUUAUUGUGUGUGUGUUAUGUGUCUGUGUUGUGUGUAUGUGUAUUGUGUUGUGUGUAGUGUUAUGUUGUAUGUGUAUGUGUAUUGUGUAUGUAUGUAGUGCGUGUAUAGUAUGUGUUGUGUGUAUGUGUAAUGUUGUGUGUAGUGUGUGUAUGUGUAGUGUGUGUUGUUUGUAUGUGUAUUGUGCAUAUGUGUAAUGUUGUGUGUAGUGUGUGUGUAGUAUGUGUUGUGUAUGUUAUGUGUGUAUAGUAUGUGUUGUAGUGUGUUGUGUGUGUGUAGUAUGUGUUGUGUAUGUUAUCGUAUUGUUUUUAUGUGUAUUGUGUGUAGUGUGUAGUGUGUAGUGUGUAGUGUGUAUGUGUAUUGUGUGUAUUUGUAUUAUUUUCACGUGUUGUGUAUUAUGUAUGUGUAGUGUGUAUUAUAUGUUGUUUGUGUUAUUUUCAUGUGUUGUUUAUCGUGUGUAUGUGUAUUGUGUGUGUAUGUGUUUGUGUUAUGUAUAUUAUGUUUCUAUGUAGUGUGUGUAGUAUGUGUUGUGUGUGUUGUGUGUAUUGUUUAUGUUGUUAUAUUAUUUUUGUGUGUUGUGUGUAUUGUGUUGUGUGUAUGUGUAUUGUAUGUUAUGUGUUGUGUAUAUUUAUAUGUGUAUUGUGUGUGUUGUUUGUGUUAUUUUUGUGUGUGUUGUUUAUUGUGUGUGUGUGUGUUGUGUGAAUGUGUAUUGUGUAUGUGUAGUGUGUGUUAUGUGUUAUUUGUAUGUGUAUUGUGUGUAUUGUUUGUGUUAUUUUCAUAUGUGUUGUUUAUUGUGUGUGUGUUAUUUGUCUGUAUUGUGUGUAUGUGUAUUGUGUUGUGUGUGUGUAGUGUUAUAUUGUAUGUGUAUGUGUGUGUAUUGUGUAUGUAUAUAGUGCGUGUGUAGCAUGUGUUGUGUGUGUGUAGCGUGUAUGUAUAUUUGUAGUGUGUGUUGUGUGUAUGUAUUGUGUGUUGUGUGUAUGUGUAUUAUGUUUGUGUUGUUUAUGUUAUUGUAUUGUUUUUGUCUGUAUUGUGUAUGUAGUGUGUUGUUUGUAUGUGUAUUGUGUUGUGUGUAUAUGUGUAUUGUGUGUUGUGUGUGUUAUUUUAAUGUGUGUUGUGUGUAUGUGUAUUGUGUAUGUAUAGCGUGUGUUAUGUGUUGUUUGUGUAUUGUUUGUGUUAUUUUCUUGUGUGUAUGUAUAUGUAUUGUGUGUGUGUUGUGUAUGUUAUGUGUGUUUUUGUUGUGUAUGUAUUGUGUGUUGUAUAGUGUGUGUUGUUUAUGUUGUAUUGUUUUUGUGUGUGUUGUGUGUAUGUGUGUAGUGUGUAGUGUGUUAUGUGUUGUGUGUAUAUGUGUAUUAUAGUGUUUAGGUUUAGGGUUUUAGGGUUUUAGGGUUCAGGGUUUAGGG